CACAAACACAACAACUGCAACCGCUGACACACGACAAAGACAGACAGACACAGCAAGCUGCACAAUCGCGCUUUCUUCUCCCAUCUCCAUCAUCCUCGCCCACGGCAGACACAGAGGGACAGGCAGAGCUGCACUCCAUCACGUCAAAGGAACAUGUCUGACUCCAUGAUAUCAUCCAACCUCAAGGCAGCGAGGCAGGCUGUCGAGGCAGGCCACAAUGCCACCUUUCGCGGGCGUGCUGGCAUCGCCUACGAGAUGUUCGACGCGGCAGCAGAUGGGUUUGCGAGAUGUAGCAAGAACAUCAAAGAUGAGGGCGCAAAGUCCUUCUUCGCAGAGAUGGCAGCCUCAUACACAGAGCUGGCAGAUGUCCAGCGAGCCAUCUCGUUGUUCGUGGUCGAAGAGUCCAAGUCUGAAGCAGCGAGCCGUGCGUCGCAGGAGAGGAGCAAAGGAGCAAUGGAUGGCGGGUCGACACCGAAGCAGCCGGACGCCAGCAGUGAUUCCCAGCAGCUUGACGAGGCAACCAUCCAGCUCAAGCGGUUACAGCGCAAGGUGAAGCUAUUGGAGAACCAGAGCAAGCUUCUCUUCAACCAGCAGCUGCUCCUGCUUGGUAUUGCCUCAAAUCUCGCCAACGGCAAGGAGCAGUACAAGCGAGAGCUCCACGGGCUGCGACAGAUGGUCUUCGACAUGGUGACUGAACCGCCAAGUGACAAGUCAGAGCAGGACGAUGAUGACGAUGAGGAAGAGGAUGGUGGUGUAGCCACGGCGGCAAAGGAUGGUAAUGGUGCUGACGCUACAGCGAAAGGCAGAGAGCAGCACCCGAAGAAGGGCGACAGAGCACCAGACAGCAGGGCACGCAUCGACCGCUUGCGAACCAUCCUUGCAAAGCGGAGAAAGGACGGCCAGAGCGUAUCAGACAUUGCAGCUGGUCUCCUCCAAAGCCACUUUGUGAAAAGGGAGGACCUAGAGAGCUACCAGCAUGAGCUGCAGCAGUUCUGGUCAUCACCCAUCAGCCGCCGCGGUAACUUCGACCCGGGAGACACCGCAACAUCGUGAUCCAAAGAACCGCCUUCCCACAAUCAGUCGUUGUAUCCGCCAUAAGCAAAGCCUCGUUGCUGCUGUCAUUGAUGUUGUGCGGCUCACAACGGGGAGUGUUGAUGGCGAUGAAGAUGGUGAUGCCAAUGCCAUUGUUACGACUGUUGCUCCUCUUCAUGGUUUGGGUGGUUCGUACUGCCAGCUGCUGCAACGUGAUUGCGUUACUCAGGCUCUCGCAUGUCCCCUCAAGUUGUGCUUAUUUGUCCCCAUAGAGUAUACCUCUCAACUGCUGCUGUGUAUUGCAUUUUGCGUACAAACCAACAUACAAGCAACUGCACGCGCUGCUGUUGAACGGCCCAUACACGGACACGCACCACA